AUGCCCGAGUCCCAAGAUCAGAGCAUCCGAACAGCCUUGGAUCGCGCCCGCACAGCUGAAGCGCCUGUGGAUGCUUCAACCUCUAGAAUUCUGGAGGCCGCCAUCGCCGAGCUAUGGACCCGGAUCCAAGCGGAACAAGACACCAUUAUCUUGACUCCAGAUGAAUUCGCCUUGUUCAAUUAUUUUCUAGGCCGCUAUCGGGUCGACCACGAGUCGAUCACUCAGCGAGUCGUGAAUCGAUAUUGGAACAGUUUCCAUGACUCCAAAGGCGCCAAGAAAUAA